AUGACAGGCUCGGAGCAACAUUUUCCUUAUUUAGGCAGUCCGUUGGUCAUCCCAAGUAUUGGGCUCACUAUCUGCUCUGCCAAAAGAGCCGCAGCUACAAGGAAAGCUCAAACAUUCUCUUCUCCUAUUCCGACAUCGCACCCUCUCGUCCAACUACCCUUGGAUAUCAUCCUCCUCAUUGCCGACCAGAUAUGCCCAGUGAAAGAUCACAUCACUUCCGAUGUUGUCGAUUUUCAAAACAUUAUAUCCGCAUCGGGCUGGCUCCUAUCUGAGGGUUUCUGGCGCCAGAGGAUGGACGAAGAGAUAUUCUUUGAGCUUGAGGAUAUUCCAAAAGCAAAAGCUUGCAUUGACUGGCAGGCUUUACAGCUUCUCUUGAUGCAUCUAAGCGUGAGGAAGCUGGGCAGGGAUGGAUUAGAGCUUCGUCGUCGACUCUUCGAGACUUCAAGAGAGUUGGUGUCAUUGUAUGUCAAACGCAAGGCGGAGGAGGAGGAAGCAUAG